AUGAACCAGCUACUACCCGAGGCUUGGGUGCAAGAUAGCUAUUCAGAAUCAUCGUCACAUUGUUGCCACAAUGCAAGUGCGAGCAAGCCUAAGAAGGGAGUUUCUUCUAUAUUCUCGUGGAUACAGUGCUACAGCACUCUGGUGAGCAUACUCGCUCACAAAUUCCCGUCUAAGGUGCCUCAAUUGAUGGCCUACCAAUCCAUCAUUGUAAGAUGCUACACGGAUUACGAAGGAGACGGCAAUGCAAAGAGGAACGCGGUUUGCAGAAUUUGUUUGAGACACAACCACCAGACAGCCGACUGCAAUGAAGCAGAUAAAAACUACCUGAGGUCAGGGUAUCCCACACCCGAUGUGGGAUUCAGCAGACCGGUAAAUUCAGGGGUGGAGAUUUGCAGGCUCUACAAUGCAAUCGGCGAAUCCAAGUGCUAUCAAUACACAGCUGAUUUAGUCGCCCUGGAGCAAUUCAGGCAGUCUGAGCAUACUGCUGUGACAUCAGCAGAGCUGAGUCGAAUUGUCACACCACUAAAUGCUGAGGCCUGGAAAGCCUGUUUGCUGAACCAUCCGGAUAGGUUGUUUGCUUAUUACAUCAGCAAUGGUGUUCGAUGCGGUUUUCGUUUGGGCUACAAUCGAGAGUCUAAGAUGUGUGCCACUCUGGGCAUUCCGGUAGCACCCGAAAAGACAGUCACUCCUACGCCAAUUAUUACAUUCUUAGGCAUUGAGAUAGACUCGAUUGCCCAGCAACUUCGCCUCCCGGCAGAGAAAAUGGCACGAAUAUUAAAGAUGCUACGUUCGUGGUCUAGCAAAAAGAAUGCAACGAAAAAAGAUCUACAGUCUUUGGCUGGUACACUGGAGGACGCAGCUCGUAUCAUAAAGCCAGGAAAGGCAUUUUUGAGGCGUAUCUACACGGCUGUAGGGGGUUUAUCCAAGCCUCAUCAUCACUCUCUCUGCUUUCUUACAGAAGUCCAACCUCUCGGCAACAGCGGUAUCGGCAAUACCUUUCGAGUUGUUAGAAAUGUUGAUGGGCUCCAGGCCAGAUUGGAUGUCACAACAUUGGAGGCGGAUGUUCAACGCUACUUUGAACAAGGUUUAGCUCAGUCCACCCAAAAAACUUACAAAAGUGGAAUUAAAAAGUUUUAUGAGUUUUGUGCUAGGUUACCCCCUCAGUUUGUGUCACUCCCUAUUACUCAAUCUAUGCUUUGCUUAUAUGUAUCAUAUUUAGCUCGCAGUGGUCUAUCAUAUUCCACUAUCAAUUCUUACCUCUCGGCAUUGCGUCACCUGCAUAUCCUUCAUAAUUUUCCCGAACCUCAGCAAGCGGCUUGGCAAAAAUUCAUGCUAGUCAAGAGAGGCAUUAGAAAAGAGAAAGCAAUCUCUCACCCCCAAAAACCUAGGCUGCCUAUUACCCCAGACAUUUUGAGGCAGAUAAAAGCACUAUGGUCUGUUGAACCAAUACAACCAGAUACAGUCAUGCUUUGGGCUGCGAGCUGUUUGUGCUUUUUCGGUUUCUUCAGGUUGGGAGAAAUUACUUGCUCGUCUGCCAAUGCAGUCAAUCACAAGGACCUGCUCCUUGCUGAUUUGGCAGUUGAUAGCCAUGCUGGCCCGACCUACAUCUCUGUCACCUUGAAGCAGUCCAAGACAGACCAAUUCCGGAGAGGUGCGCUUGUGAUAAUUGGCAGAACAGAUGACGAUUUAUGCCCUGUAGCAGCCCUCUUACAAUACAUCUCGGUUCGAGGUACACAUUCAGGCCCCUUGUUUAUUUACGCCGAUGGGAAGUUCCUGACAAAACAGAGCUUUGUUCCACGCAUCAGGGAAGCCUUAUCGGCACUCGGCUUGAAUAAUACUCACUACGCUGGCCACAGUUUUCGUAUCGGGGCAGCUUCAACCGCUGCCAAAGCGAAUAUUGAAGAUUCAAUGAUAAAAACGUUAGGAAGAUGGGAAAGCAGUGCCUUCCUGACGUACAUUCGUACUCCACCAGCUCUGAUAGCAAGGAUGGCAAAAACACUAUCAUCCCCUACCACGGACUAGAUCUAAGUCACGUUUUAUUUAUUCAUUUAAUCACACUUAUUUUUGUUGGAGGAAUGGUACCGUAUUCACGGUACGGUGGACUCACGUUGUCUAUAAUGAUUAGAUUUACACAACUUUGGCAUUCCUUAUCACAAAAAGACGUUAUUGACCGACUGAGUUAGCUAAUGCUUAACAUGCUAGCAGUGCGAUUCUCAGUCAGUCAGGGUAGUGUGACGUUUAACUAGCCUCGAGGCUCAGCCGCUUUAAAAUAAGUCGUGACUCGAGGCUAGGCUUUUGUGCCUUGCAUGAUGUUGUGUAUUUGAGUCUAGUGCUCAGCUUUCCUCCAAUACUCUUCAAGCUUAGCCCUAGAGGGCGGGCAAUCAAGCUAAACCAGCACAUUCAACAGGAUGUAGACCGUAGAUUAA